AUGCCAAACUUGAAAGAUUGCAAAUACCAGGACACCCUCUCCCCUUACCCUUUCCCACAAACCCACUUUCAAAUAUUACCGGGUCAUGGAAACUUAGUAGCCAUUGAAGAAACUGUGGGCAUUGUAGGAGAUAUGGGCGUGGAUGCCCAUGCUCCAAAUGCUCCAGACGUCAUAGUACCCAAUAUCAAUUCUUUUCAGCUUCCACGUGCAGUGAAUCGUCCAAGUCGUGAUCUGCCUGAAAACCUUGAACUCUAUCGGGAACUUUCAAACUUAUACCGAAAUAGUGACGAAAACUUUCUGGAGCAACAGAAUUAUCUUGGACCUAGAAACUUACCCUCACAAGAUAUCCCCAGCAUGAUUAGUGGAGUGCGUCAUGAUGAUCAGGAGCUGGACCAUUAUGAUUCCUCACCAGACAUUCUCAACGAGUUUCAAAUGGGGGAUCAAGAAAACCCAUCACUGGAAGAGCUUCAAGAAUCUGGCCAGGGUCAUGGAAACUUAGUAGGCAUUGAAGAAACUGUGGGCAUUGUAGGAGAUAUGGGCGUGGAUGCCCAUGCUCCAAAUGCUCCAGACGUCAUAGUACCCAAUAUUAAUUAUUUUCCGCUUCCACGUGCAGUGAAUCGUCCAAGUCGUGAUCUGCCUGAAAACCUUGAACUCUAUCGGGAACUUUCAAACUUAUACCGAAAUAGUGACGAAAACUUUCUGGAGCAACAGAAUUUUCUUGGACCUAGAAACUUACCCUCACAAGAUAUCCCCAGCAUGAUUAGUAGAGUGCGUCAUGAUGAUCAGGAGCUGGACCAUUAUGAUUCCUCACCAGACAUUCUCAACGAGUUUCAAAUGGGGGAUCAAGAAAACCCAUCACUGGAAGAGCUUCAAGAAUCUGGCCAGGGUCAUGGAAACUUAGUAGGCAUUGAAGUAACUGUGGGCAUUGUAGGAGAUAUGGGCGUGGAUGCCCAUGCUCCAAAUGCUCCAGACGUCAUAGUACCCAAUAUCAAUUCUUUUCAGCUUCCACGUGCAGUGAAUCGUCCAAGUCGUGAUCUGUGUGAAAACCUUGAACUCUAUCGGGAACUUUCAAACUUAUACCGAAAUAGUGACGAAAACUUUCUGGAGCAACAGAAUUAUCUUGGACCUAGAAACUUACCCUCACAAGAUAUCCCCAGCAUGAUUAGUAGAGUGCGUCAUGAUGAUCAGGAGCUGGACCAUUAUGAUUCCUCACCAGACAUUCUCAACGAGUUUCAAAUGGGGGAUCAAGAAAACCCAUCACUGGAAGAAAUUCAAGAAUCUGGCCAGGCUCAUGGACACUUAGUAGCCAUUGAAGAAGCUGUGGGCAUUGUAGGAGAUAUGGGCGUGGAUGCCCAUGCUCCAAAUGCUCCAGACGCCAUAGUACCCAGUAUCUAUUCUUUUCAGCUUCCACGCCUGCAAGAUGACGAACAAUACCCUCGUACACCACGUUCAACAAGUUAAAGCAAUAACUGCAACGAGUGGCCGGGCCCUGGGACAGAUAACCCGUGAUUAUUCGUGGGACAGCCUAGACCAUUUUCUAGAGGAAGGACACAGGGCCCUUGUGAAGACAGACCUAAUAAAAUGCUCGCGAACGCUGGCUUCUCCGAGUCGACGGACGACGCUGAUCACCGUUGCACAUUUUGUCCUACCUUAACAUGAUUUUUUGCUCUUGAUUUCUUUUUGUUUUUUGUUUUUUCUUGUAUUUGGUGUCAGUCUCAAACAUUUAGAUGUGAAAGGUUUUCCAGUUUCUUUUUUAUUUGCAUAUAUUCUUGAUGUGACUCUUCUUGAAUUUAAUUAUAAUUAUGAUAUAAUUAUACAUUUCGUUUUUACUGGGUUUACUCAAGUAGUAGACGGUUUUUACUUAUUUUAGAACAUAUCUUGUGUUUUGAGAAUUUUCAUUUGUGCAGGUACUGUUAUGUAACCUGGUCCAUUAUACUUAUUGUGCUUAUUUUGGAUAGAUGUAGUGAAUUCUAUACGCUUUGCUGUGUGCAAUGAACUUAUGAACUUCUGUCUCUAAAAUGUAUGCAUGAUUAUUUCAUUUCUUUGUCAUUUCUUUGCUUCUGUAUGCUUUGUCUUGUGUUAAUUAUUAUGAAACUCACCAAGCCCAAAUUUUCUGAAACAAUAUCCAGACUGGAUAUUUUAAUCAACACAUAAAUUACUUUCAAAAGUCCUUUGUUCAGUUUUGGUAAUGUAUUUCACACAAUAAAAUGAAUAAUUAAAUGAAAAAUAAAAAACCGAAAUUUCUAGUAUGGAAGCUGCUUGGUUACGUUUAAAUCAAAAUAUAAGUCAAACGCUAGGAGUGGGGUAAGGAUAAGUCCGAUAUGCGUAGCUGAGCCUCGCCCGGGCUA